AUGAAGAAUAAAUCCAAAUUAGAAUCUUUCUCAAAAAGAAACAAUCUAGGUUCCAUGAUCGAAGAAUCUAGAAACGAAUCAAGCCGUUGUAAGAACUUUCCAAAAGUUCGCACAGAUGUGCAGAAUGAAGAUGACGAAAAGUGUUACUUAAAUAAGGAAGUUUUAUUCUUUUAUAACAAACCUAAGGAUUUUAUUUAUCAUUCAGAUAAGUAUACAUCGUCAAAGAAGAACUGUUCACCUAGCGAUUUUAACAUGAAGUGCACAGAACUGAGAAAAAAAAGUGAUGAAUAUAAUAAUAGUGAAAUUUUGCAGAAUCAGGAAAAUCCAGUAUUGUUCGACAAAGGUAUCUCAUCGCAAGAAACAAAUAGCAUUAAUGAUAAUAUUACAUAUGAAGAAAGAAUCAUCACUGAUAGGAAAAGAGAACCCACCUUUAGUAACCAGGAUCCAUUAGAUAAUGUGUUUCAUCAAAGGCUCAUAAUACUCAAUAAAAAUCAUUUGUGCAAUGAAAAUUAUUCCUACUUGAACGAUAAAAACGAUGAUGUAGAUUCUGAGAAAGAAAAGGAUAUAGAUGUUCUAAGUCAGUACAAUGUGAGACAUGCAUUCAAUAAUGUGAAUAAAAGAAGAGAAAAAUGCUAUAAUGAAAAAACAAAUAACUUUUCUUCAAGUAUUAUAAAAAAGGAAUGGAACACAAACCAUAUAGAAAAAAAUGAGAAAAGCCAUUCGAAUGAAACGACAAAAAAUAACAAUACGAAAGAUAAAAGAGUUGACGACUUUGCAAAAAUAACAAAAGAAGUGUACGCUAGAAAUAAAUACACUUUCAUCAAUGCAUAUGAUACAAAAAAGUGUACGAACACGAAUGAAAAACAAAACAACGGAAUCAAUAGGAAUGGUGAAAGUAGUAUCCCAAUUCGAAAAAAAAAGUUUGCAGAUUUAUCGCAUUUUGGAAUUUUAAAUUAUAAAGACGAAGAAGUAGAUUCAAACAAUUUCAACAUUACCAAUGGCCCAUGUGAUAUGAAUAAGAGCACACAAUUUCGAAGUAAUAUUAAUGAAUGCAGAUCUAGUAAAUCAGAAGACAUGAUAAAAUCAGAUAGAUUAAAAAAUGAUGUGCACGAAUUUAGCAAAACAGAAAAAAGUCUUAGAGAUAUAAUUAAAGAAACUGAAUUCAAAAGAACAGACAUGUUUAUUUCUGAUAUGGGAGGCUCAAAUUGUUCAGAUAAUCCACUUGUUAUGAACAACUAUAAUGAUAACUAUGCACAUAAUUCUAAGAAAAUUAUAAAAAAAGAAAUGUCUAGACGCUUAGAUAAUUGUAUUUCUAUGAAUCAUGUAAGCUUGGAAGAAAAAUGGGAUAAAUAUUUUGAAGUAGAACAUAAAAAUAACGCAGAAAAGGGAAAAGAAGCUCGAGAAGUAAAAAAAGGAGCCACCUUAAAAAUUAAUAUCAAUCAGCAGAUAACCAAUCCAUCCAAAUGGGUUCUAAAAGACCCAUUUAACAAAUCUAAAGGGAGAAAAUCAAAUGAAAAUGUAUCUCUCUCACUAAAUAAUAAUGAUUUAUCAGAUACUGUAGACACAUUUAAUUUUUCUCAUCCAAAGACAAACAAGCUGGUAUAUAUAGAAAAUACUAAAAGAGAUAACAAACUUACCUCCUAUGCAGUGAAAGGCACAAAUUUGAUUGAACCUGGAGAGAUGGAAAAACAAAAUUAUUACGUAUUAAAUCAUCAGAAGUAUGAAAAUGGUUCCAAUUCUGUUCAGGUGGGAGCGACACAAGAGUAUGGCCUUUUUACUCCUGCUAAUGUGGGCCUCAUGAAUAGGAAAAAAGGUUAUCAAAAUUGUGAAAAUUAUCAAAAUUGUGAAAAUUAUCAAAAUUGUGAAAAUUAUCAAAAUUGUGAAAAUUAUCAAAAUUGCGAAAAUUAUCAAAAUUGCGAAAAUUAUCAAAAUUGUGAAAAUUAUCAAAAUUGCGAAAAUUAUCAAAAUUGCGAAAAUUAUCAAAAUUGCGAAAAUUAUCAAAGCUAUCAAAAUGUGGGUCUCAUACAAAGCGAGGAAAUGCUAAGCAGUGAAAAAAAUUUUAAACACCCAUUCUUACCUAAUUCUAACCCACUUACGAAUAAUAAAAAAGAGCUUGAAAGUAACAGCUCAAAAUUUUGCUCAUUUCUAGGGGGGAAAAGUUACACGGAUGAUGAUAUUGUUGGAGAGAAGGGUCAACUAAAUAGGAGUAGAAGCAACAUUAGACAAGUUAAAAGGGAUAGUAAACAAGUUGAUCACACAAUUUUGAUGAAAGAAAAAAUACAGGAAACAAGACAAGUUGAAAUUAAUAACAAUUCGGAAAAUGUAGAAUAUUGUGCUUAUUCACCUCGUUUUGGAGCAUCGAAUUACACAACUUCCUCAUAUAAGGAAGGAGUGGAAGACAAUGAAGAUGAUGAAGAGAUAAGAAAAAAUAAAAAAUUGAAUCUAUUACUACUAUCGAAAUGUUCUUUACGGGAAAGAUUAUUAAACAACAGAAAAAAAAAGGAAUAUAUGAAAAAUGAUAAAAAGAAGCACACAUAUUCGUUGCUUAAAAAUGGACAUGGAAAAUUGGCAAAAAAACAGAAUAAACAGGUGUCUACUACUUCUAGGAAUAUAUCAGAAGGUUUAGUAGAAAAUACAAAUCUAGAAUUAUCAGGAAUGCGCAUAAAUGAUGAGAAGAUAAACACUUCCAUUAUUUCCGAUGCACUCAAAUUAAUUGAUCUGAAAUCAACAGAGGUGAACUACAAGAAUAGAAUAAACCGUCAGGAAAAUACGAAAAAAGGAGACUCAAGAAUUAAUUACAAUAAUGUAAAAAAUGAAAAAUAUGGAAAAAACACAAAUACAUUUCGUAAGUAUCUCAAAAUAGGUAGCAAAAAGAGUGACAUUAAUAAACAUGUUAAGAUCAAAUCUCCUUUUAUAUCAAAACAAAAUAAUAUUCCUAUAAGUGGAAAAUUAAUGCAUAACGAAUCAUUUAAGUCUUUAAAAAUGCUCAAGGAAGAACGUCAAAACAGGCAUUAUUAUUCGUGUCAACAGAAUAGCAACCUGAACAGGUCAGAAAAAAUUAUUUAUGAAAAGAAAAAUAUGAAAAGCAAAGAUCACAAGUCCAUUUUUUGUCAAAAUUUAGGAUAUAAAAAGGAUAUAAAUCAAGAAAAUCUAACAGAAGGCGAUGAAAAGAAUGAUGAAAAUCAAAUUUACAAUAUUCCUUCUUGCCAUAGCUCAAGUUCUUAUGAAAAUCGUCCCAUUUGUUCACUUAACAACUCUAACAUGAGUUAUCAUUUCCAAGAAGACCAAGAUGUGACAAACACAACAUAUACACGUAAACACAAUCUUCAUCAAAUGACAAAACGUGACUCUUAUGAUAGGGAACAUCUAAGAAGUGCCAUCAUUCCAUAUCACACAAAUGUACCACUAAACGAAAAAAAUUCCAAAAAGGACCACAAAAUGGGAGACAAAAUGGACGACAAAAUGGGCGAUAAAAAGGACAACAAAAGGGACAACAAAAGUGAAGUGAAUGCAAAAAAAAAUGUUUUGUUUAAGAAAAAAAAUACGAAACAUAACGACGCAUUAAUCUGCAACAAACAUGAGGUAGACAAAGGGGCGAGAAUGAAAAUGAUAAGCAGCAUUGUGAGUGAUCCUAUGGGGGAUCAAAUAAUGGAAAUGUGCAAAACGGAUGAGAAGAAAAUUAAUGCAAAGAAAGGGAAUGUGCUGAAAAGGAACAAAAAAGAAAAAUAUCCUCUAGACAUUGUGGUCUCGUACAAAUGCAAGAAUAUUUAUAUCAAAAUUAAUGUGGACACAAAUAAUGAAGAACUAGUAAAACGAACACAACACAAAUUUCCCAAAAGUAGUUUAGAGUUUAAAUUAAUUACAACAAAGUUUAUAGAUGGGUUUAUCAAAUCUACUGAAUCAAAGAUUUAUAAAUCAUCAAAUGUAAUAUUACAAAAUGCUGAAACUGAUGUAUUUUAUAAUAUUACUAUUCAUGCGUACAGUAAUGUCCUGUCUAGCCUAUGGUUGUAUUCAUCUGUUUCUUUCUAUCUCACUAAAUUUAAUGUUGAAAAGAUUAAAUUAAAAACUCCUUCAUCUGUCACGUUUAGCAAAAAUGAGGAGUUCAGAAACGGAACCUUAAGUAGUGCCAAUGUGGAAAAAGGUACAUCCAAAGCUACAGAAAAAAGCAUAAAAAAAGGUGUCUUAAAAAGUGCUCCACAAAUUAUCCAACAAAAGGAGAGAAAAAAAAAUACACCUGAGAAAAGCAAAAAUGAUAUAUCUACUUUUUUUAAAAGCUCUCCAGAAAAAAAUAAGAUUUAUCAAGUUUUGGAACAGGAGAAGGAAGAAAAUUUUCUCGUAGAUAACUCUUCCAGUUCCUACGAUGAUGAUAUUUCUUCUGUUGAAAGCGACGUUCACAUUGAAAAUAUAAAUAUUUGGUGCGUAAAAAAUGGUGAAAAUGAAUAUAUAAGAGGUCAACAUAACAAUAAUGGUGAAAUUUAUAAGAAUCCCGAAACGGUCAUUCCAGGUGAAAGAAAUGGAGAACAGCUUAACGAAGGUAGUGAUAGCAGUUCUACCUAUGAUGAACAGUUUUUAGAUUUUCAUCAACUUAAUAAAAGUAAAAUAAAAAAUGAAUUCCAAAAUAUUCAAUACGACAAGGAGGGUGACAGAAAAGGAAGAGAAAACAUGGAUCCACACAACCUUGUAGUCGACGUGGAAACCUUUGAGGAAGACACUGUUAGUAACUCUACUCCUAGGGAAGAUAAAGAUGUCAACAAUUAUAAUAAAAGAAAAACACAUAAAAAAUAUGAUAAGAAUAAAGAAAUGAAUGGAAAUGGGAUAGAAAAUUCGCGCCAAAUGGCUCCAACAGAUAAGACUAACAUGAAUAAUGUAACUACGAAUAAUAAUACGAAGGAGGAUCAGUCAAAAAACUCAUCAAAAUUUGUCAAAUAUUUAAAUGAGGAUAAUGAGGGAAAUUCAAAGUGUUCCGAAUUUUUCAUAGAAAAUAUCAAUAAUGUGCAGGACUCAUUUAAAUCAUUUUCAAAUACUACAUUAGUAAAGGAAGACACAAAUUUGAAUUCUUUCAUAUUUCCCAACAUUCACAUAUCUAGGAAUAUUAAAGAGAAUGAAAUUGCUACAGCAGAAUUGCAAAAAAGAAAGAAUCCAUCUACUAAUGAUCUAUCCAUUAAGAAAGAUAAAAAUAAUUUAGGUACUAAUUUUUAUAACAUUUCUCAAGGUGAUACCACAACGGAUGUUUCUAUUAAAAGAGAGGACACUUAUAAUAUCAAGGAACAUAUUCCAACGAUAUACCUGCAAAAAGAAGAAAAGUUCGCACAAAUGGGCACAGUGUUAAGUAAAAAAUGGGAUGAAGAUAGUAGCACAAAUAAUAUGGUCAAUUCUAAGGAAAAUGAAGAAAAAGCACGCCAUAAACACAACAUCGAUAGUUACACUGUUGAGGAAGAGCAUAUCCCUAACAAAAGUGACACACAUGAAAGUAAAGAGCACUACUUGUCGAGCCUAAAUCACACUGAUUCGCACAAAGAGGAUGCAAAUUCGUGUAAAAAUGAUACAGAUUCACACAGAAAUGAUGCAUCUUCUAAAGAAGACCAUGCAAAAGGCACUAUUAAUAAAAGCUUUGUACAAAUUCCUUCUAUGGAAAAAUGCAUAAGAAAAAACAUUCCGAGUAAUUUUCCAUAUUUGCCAAAUGAAGACAUGCAUCUCGCUAAAAAUGAACCCAUUUCGACAUCAAAUCUUGUUUUCACAAGAGAUACAUUUGUGUAUAAUAAUGAAGAGGAAGAUGCAGAGUGUCGCAAAGAAACUCAAUCAAAAAAUGAUAAAAAAGAUGUCAACCAGUUGAACGAAACUGACAAUGUGAAGAAUCAGAAGGACAUGAAUUAUACUCAUUCAAAUGGUAUGAAUUAUGCUCAUUCGAAUGGUACGUACAGAUUUGUUGAGGGUCAGGAAAAAACAGAGAAACACCCAAAUUUACUCACCGAACAUGAGCAUGAAUCUGAACGUGAACCUAUUAUUGGGGAUAACAUUUUGCAUAAAAAUUCAGCAGAAAUUCCAAGUUCCAAUUGUCGAAUUAAUAAAGAUUUCAUAUUUCACGAUGAAGUCAACAAACUCAGUGAGAGAAACACUCCAGAUGUUCGGCAGGGCGAAUAUUUGUACAGCAAAAAUUUGAUAUCUUACAAAGGUGGAAAUCUGGAAAACAAAACUCGUGGUCACUCUAUCAAUGAAGUAUAUAAAAAUACCACUGUCCCAAAUGAUAAGGGAGUUCAUAAAUUCACUAAGUUCAUAAACGGAAGUUCUCAUACCAUUAAAGGUAUGUAUAUACCUCCUGCAUUGUCUAGUAUUUGCAAAACAUACAACAGUAAAAAUAAUGCAAUACCUGCCCCAGCUCUUGACAAAUUAGUGAAUAUUCAAAAUAAGAACAUACCAUUACAAUUUCCCAAAUGUGUAGAAGUGGGGAAUAUGAAAUAUAUGCAUGAUUCGUGUUUUAACAAAAUUAGUGGAAAAGUCAACUUAACGAAUAGAGCUAAUAUGGUAAAUUGCAAAAAUUACGUGGGAUGUAAUUUAAGUAAAGACUUUGUGAAUAAGUAUGGACAGAGUGAUAAAGAAAAUAUCCCAUAUGCUGGUCUAAAUGCAAAUAAGGAAAAAAUGUAUAAUUCAGAAGAUUUAUUAUAUAAAAAUAAUAAAUAUAAAAAUGUGAGAUGUGCAUAUGAGAAUGUGGAUACCACAUCGUGUUACAACACUAAUAUGUGUACUAUCAAUAAAGAUCGAUAUACAAAUGUACCAUGUUCCCCUUUAAGGUUCUACCAGGAUGGUGUAAAUUAUCCAAGUGUGUCGAUAAAAAAAGGUGCAAACAAAAAUGAAGAAAAUUUUGCAAAAGAGGUAGAAAAUAAUUUCAUAAGUUCUAAAAACAGUAACAGAAAAGAUGUGGAAUGCAUGGGUAUAAAUCUGAUUCAUGAAGAAAACAAUCCUCAGAUGCCGGUUCAACCAAACCAGAGGAUUAAUUUUCCUAACGAAGAAAAAAAACAUAUUCCAUAUAAUUACAACCUUAGUAGAGAUAAUUAUAAUGAGAAUUAUCAUAACCACUUUGACGAUUCCCAAAACGUAAGAAAUAACAGCUCUCAUAAUAAAGAACUUUUUCCAAGGUUCCAUCCGUUGCUGAACGAAAAUGUAAGUAACUACAUGAAAGGGAAUGUUACAUCUGAAAAAGGGAUGACAAAUAUCUAUGGAUCUAUUAAUAAUUUCCCCAGUACUACCUAUGCACAAAUAAGCAAAUUCAUUACGAAUAACAAAUCGGAUAGUGCUGAUAGACAUCCAUGUCAAUACAGCUUAACUAAGAGUGAUAACUUUUACAAUGCAAAUUUGUGUACAAAUGUUAGAAAAGUUAAUAAUAAUAUUAACAUGUUCGCUUAUAAUGAUGAAGCCAUUACAGCUCAUAUAGAAAAACAAAAAAAAAGUACAAACAAAGGCGUUCUUUUUUAUCCCUAUAUGCAACAAAAUAUUCCCAAUUAUUCUGCAAAGGUGGCAAAUAAUUUUUACAAUUUCAAAAAUGGAAACAAAUUACCUAGUUAUAAUCACACUCGUGAUACAAAAAUACAAGCAGAGAAUCUAAAUAAAAAUAUAAUGAAUUAUAAUCUAAAUGUUUUAAAAAAUAAGAACAAAGGUUAUUUAGAAAGGGAACUUGUCAAACCCGUUAUGUACCCCCAUACAACAUACGGCCAUAAUAAAUAUUCUUCACAAAAUGGUGGUACAUUACCCAAUGAUGAUCUUAAAAAAAAAGAUAUGCUUCUAUUUUCACACGGAAUACCAAACGUACAGAUUGAAAAUCCUUAUUCACUUUUCAAAAUGAAUCAUGAAAAAUUAAAAUACUCUGUAAAUACUGAUCCAAAUGAUAACCCUAGUCCCGUUGAACAUGUAGGGCAUGCAGAACAUUCUGGAAAACAUAUACAUGGGAAAUCCUGCAAGUAUGUUCCUGGUGCUAAAAUUCUUCAUGGAACUCCCGGCAGUAACAUGGGGAAUACCCUACACUAUUCCACAGUUAAUACAUGCCAAUACAUGCCUCAAAAUUUGUCCUAUAAUUUGGCUCAUAAUAUGGCCUACAAACUUCCCCAUAAUUUGCCUCGUAGUAGGCCCCAUAGUCUUCCUAACAAUGGGGAUCCCAACAUGCAUCACAAUAGACCUCACAAUGGGUCUCAACAUCUACCUCUAAAUGUGCCUCUCAAUCUGUCUCACAAUCUUCCUCACAAUCUUCCUCACAAUCUUCCUCACAAUCUUCCUCACAAUCUGCCUCACAAUCUGCCUCACAAUCUGCCUCACAAUCUGCCUCACAAUCUGCCUCACAAUCUGCCUCACAAUCUGUCUCACAAUCUGCCUCACAAUCUGUCUCACAAUGUUAAAUUAAACAGUUCACACAAAAUUAUGCAAGGCACGUGGGGAGAACAUUCUUACGAUGCGCCAACUAAUGGGCCCAUGCCCAUCUUGAAAGGAAACCUGAAAAUAAAAUUGGGUAAUAAGUCAAAUAAGGAGUUGGGUCAUGUUCCAAGCGAUAAGUCCAGCGAUGACAUAAAGUGCAAUUCGAACACCUGCGGACGAAGCAACCAAAGCAAUCAAACCAAUCAAAGCAGCAACUUCUGCAGUGAGUAUCGAACCCCUGGAGCUAGUCUAAUAGAACAGAAUUCCAUAUAUGAAGAAGAUAAAAUGAAAAAAGUGUAUCCAUAUAGAAAUUUGGCCAAUCAACCAUCUCAUCAGGGGGAAAAAUUAGUAGCCUCACUUACCGCAACUGAAAAUAUCAAAGGAAACAAAAAUGGAACAGUUUCUUUACUAAAUGAGACGUCAAUAAAAAAAAAUAACCCUCCUUCAAAUGAUGUUUCUCCUUUGAAUAUACCCCAAAUGAAUAAUAAAUUGAAUUUUACCAAUGACAAAAAGCUGAAUUCGCACACACAUUUCAAAUCAUUUCAUCAAACAAAUGAUAGUGUAAAAUGUGAAAAAAGGAAUGAUGAAGCCCACAAAUUCGAUCUAAAAUACAAUGAAAUAAAUUUUAGAAAAAUAGAAAGUAUAGAACAGACAAGUACACAAUUGGCGGAUCAUGUAAACAAUAUGUCCAAAGAUAGUACUAUGUCAUGUUAUGCAAAUGAAUGUACAUAUGCAAAUAACAUUUUUAAAAAAAAUGAAAAUUUAUUAGGAAAAAAUAGAAAAUUUUCACCCUUUUUUGGAAAACGUACUAGUGCAAAUUUUUCAAAUAAUGAUAAUUGUGAAGAGUACACACAAAAUGAAUACCCAAUUACUCCUCAAUCGUUUCAAUUAAGUAUUCAGCUAGAUGAACGAAAAUGGAGAAGAAUUAACUUUACAUGUGAUGAUUUCCUAGAUGACAAGAUCAACAAAUUUAUUAAAAAUAAUAACUUAAAGAAAAUGUUUUUAAUUCCUUUACGGGAAAAAAUGAAGUACAUGUUACAAAACAAAGUGACAAAUUGGAGCAUGAGCAUUACUGAAAUGUUGUGA